CACGAAUCGCCGAAUCGCCUCACCUCGAUCAUAUCAUCCAUAAUCCUUCAAGCUCUUGUUGGCUUUGCUUAAUUGCAGCUGCCACUAGCUUUGUUAGGAUCAAUCACAUCCAUCUACGUGUGUAGAGCGUCGUGACAGAGAGUUUUGUGAUGGAGCAGCUUCCCAAGCGCCCGGCGAACUACGUGCCACUGAGCCCUGUGGGGUUCCUGCCGCGCGCCAAUGCCGUCUACGGCGACCGCACCUCCGUCAUCUACGGCCGCGUCCGCUUCACCUGGAGCCAGACCUACGCCCGCUGCCGCCGCCUCGCCUCCUCCCUCCUCUCCCUCGGCGUCCGCAACCACGACGUCGUGUCGGUUUUGGCGCCGAACGUGCCGGCAAUGUACGAGAUGCACUUCGCGGUGCCGAUGGCCGGGGCGGUGCUCAACACCAUCAACACGCGGCUCGACGCGAGGGCGGUGGCGGGCAUCCUGCGGCACUCCGAGGCCAAGGUGUUCUUCGUCGACUACCAGUACGUGCGCCUCGCCAGCGACGCGCUCCAGAUCGUCGCCGACGAGGGGAGGCACGUCCCGCUCGUCGCCGUCAUCGACGACAUUGACGUGCCCACCGGCGUCCGCCUCGGCGAGCUCGAGUACGAGGGGCUGGUCGCCCGUGGCGACCCCGCCGCCGAGCUGCCCAGCCUCGCCGACGAGUGGGACGCCGUCACGCUCAACUACACGUCGGGCACCACGUCGGCGCCCAAGGGCGUGGUGUACAGCCACCGCGGCGCGUACCUGAGCACCAUGAGCUUGCUCAUGUCGUGGGUCGUCGGCGACGAGCCGGUGUACCUGUGGACGCUGCCCAUGUUCCACUGCAACGGGUGGACCUUCACCUGGGGCAUGGCAGCGCGCGGCGGCGUCAACGUCUGCAUCCGCGACGCGCGCGCCGCGGACAUCUACCGCGCCAUCGCGCGCCACGGCGUCACCCACCUGUGCUGCGCGCCGGUGGUGUUCAACAUCCUGCUCGAGGGCGGCGAGGCGGCGGCGAAGCAGCUCGCGGCCCCGGUCCACGUGCUCACCGGCGGGGCGCCACCGCCGGCCGCCCUCCUCGAGCGCGUCGAGCGGAUCGGCUUCCGCGUGACGCACGCGUACGGGCUCACCGAGGCCACCGGCCCGGCGCUGGCGUGCGAGUGGCGCGCGCAGUGGGACCGCCUGCCGCUGCCGGAGCGCGCGCGGCUCAAGUCCCGGCAGGGCGUCAGCGUCCUGUCCCUCGCCGACGCCGACGUCAAGGACGCCAAGACGAUGGCGAGAGUGCCGCGCGACGGCAAGACCGUCGGCGAGAUCGUGCUCCGCGGCAGCAGCAUCAUGAAGGGCUACCUCAACAACCCGGAGGCGAACAGCGACGCCUUCAAGGGCGAGUGGUUCCUGACCGGCGACGUCGGCGUCGUGCACGCCGACGGCUACAUCGAGAUCAAGGACAGGUCCAAGGACGUGAUCAUCAGCGGCGGCGAGAACAUCUGCAGCAAGGAGGUGGAGGAGGUGCUGUUCCAGCACCCCGCCGUCGCCGACGCGGCGGUGGUCGCCAUGCCGCACCCGCACUGGGGCGAGACGCCGUGCGCGUUCGUCGUGGCGAGGGACAAGGCGGCCGGGGUGUGCGAGGACGACGUCGUCGCGUUCUGCCGCAAGCACAUGGCGCGGUUCAUGGUGCCCAAGAAGGUGGUCGUCUACGACGCCAUCCCGAGGAACGGCAACGGCAAGGUCGAGAAGAACUUGCUCCGGGAGGCGGCCAAGAAGCUGGCGCCGGCGGCCGUGCCGGCGCAGAAGACGAAGGUGAAGACGACGACGACGACGGUCGGCGGCCGCCGCGGCGAGCACCCGGUGGCGCAUGUCAUGGCCGUGUCAAGGCUUUAGGGCAAUCACCAAAAUGUCACCAAUCUUUAUCGGUGAACCGGUGAUAUCACCUUUUGCACGUAGGAAUUUGGCACUACGCCUGCCAAAAAUUUACAAAAAAUAAGCAUGGCGUGUGUUUGGAAGAGUUUUGGUCUGUCCAGGUGUAAGAGCGAACUUGGUGUAUUGCUGGGCAGUGACCACUCCGGUGUACUUUUUUUUAACCUCCUUUUUUGUUUGUUCAGAUUUCGCACUUGUGUACAUUGUAAAAUAACAGUGUUGAAAUGUGGAGGAAGUUGUUCUUCUCAAGCUCCCAUGAAUUAAGUUGUUUUUCCACUUCA